GCCGUAGCGUAGCGGCAGCCAAACGAAUUACAGGUAACAAACAAACAAAAAGUGUCAGAUAUCAGAGUUUGAAGAAGAUGACUGAUUACAUACAGUGUUUUGAAUUAAUUUCAUCUGCGGCGAAACAGUGAAAUGUCUUCGGAUACCGGAAAAUCGCCGCGAAUCGAAGAUUUGAUCUCCUCAGAAGAUGAUACUUUGGGAUCCUCCGUAAGUCUGAGUGUUGGGGAGAAUUCCGUGCGUAUUAAGAAGAAAAGCAAAUCUACCAAAGAAACUGAACAAUUAUUGGCUGAUAAGAGAGAUGUGCAAGAUAAGUGGUGGUUGAAGAGACCUGAAACACGUCUAGAUGUUUUAAGUGCCAAGAAUACAGAUGCAAAGGUGAAACAGUCUCCUACCCCUAUGUCGGAUGUCAGCUCUUCUAUGAAAGAGUUUCUUGAGAAGGAAAAAAUGUGCAAAACAGUGUCAAAGAGCGAAGGAGAACUGAAAGACAAAGAUGAUACUUUAUGCGAUAUACUUGCAUCUGUAGCUUUUGAUAAAUAUCCAUCAGAUUUCGAAAAUGCUACUGAUGAAGAUAUUGGUAGUAUAUUAGAAGAAAUGAGCAAGAUUGCUGGAGCAUUAAGUCCUAAUUCAGGCCCUGAACGUACCAAAUCUGGCGAUUCCAGUAAAAAUCCUACCGAAGAAGAGAAGUCGGUAGAGGAAUUAUUAGAGGAAGCUGAGAAAUUAGUGAGGAAAAACAGUAAUACUUUGUCAAAAAGUAUAUCCAAAUCUGAUACUCUAGUACCGGAAAUUAAUGAAGAUGAAAGCCUAAGUAGAGUAAGACAAUUAGAAGCUGAUAUUUUUCAAUUAAUAGAAAAUGAAGUUCAUAAAGAAACAGAAAAGAUAAAGAGAAGUCCGAAAAAUGAGAAAAAACGGGAAAACAGUCCCGGAAUCGAAAUCGUUUACGAAAGCUUAAGUAAUUUGAGACCACCGAAGACAUUGGAACUUCAAAGAAGAAAAUUUGAGGAACAGAAAGUCGAAAUAUCAAGCAGUUCAGAUUUAGAUGAUCCGAUUGAAAGACAUUCCAAGUCCGAGGAAUUAAAGAGCACAAAGAAAAUGGAGAUGGAGAAGGAGAAUCUGCAGAAGGAAAUCACGGACGUGGACAAGAAUUUUUUCGAAGAUUUGUUGAGAAAAUCCAAGGAAAAGGCGGAAGGCGGGAUAUCUGGAAGCUCUAGUUUUGGACAGGAAGAUUUCUCACACUUCUUAAAGUUGCUUCAAGGACAAAACAUGGACAAAAACGAGCUAGAAUCAAAAGAGUCUAAUGUAGUUUACGAUCUUUUUUUGAAAUCUACCAAUGGCGAACUAUCAACUGUAGAGAAUCAAUUAGUUAAUGGCAAAACCCCGGAGUUUCCGGAAAAAGAAUUUUCUGAGAUAUUAGAAAAGGAAUUAUCAGGCUCUAACAAUGCAAACGUUGAACAUGAAAUUAAUGAAAGUGAUUCUAGUGUUAGCGAAAGACAACGAGCACCUAAAAAACGAACACCUAAUUCUCCAUCAAUUGCAGCAACACUUUUGCAAAGUUCUAAAAAAGAAUCUAAAAAAUCUGUAUCAAAAGACAUAGAAAGAGAAAGCAAUAAAAUUGUAACAGAAGGCAAUAAAAAGUUGGCUAAUUCUGAAAGUGAAUUAUAUACAGUAGGGUUGACACCAAGAUUAGAAUUAUUUGCGGAUGCAAUACCCAAACUUAUGGCUGAAAAAUUAAAUGAAAAUGUGAAAGAGAAUACGGAAAAGGUAGAUUUGGCACAUAAAGAAUCCAUAGAAGUGAAGAUUGAGACAAAAGUGGAAAGUUUGCAUGUCGCUAAAGCAUCCAAAACUUCUAGGAUUGAUCAUCAAGAAGCAUCUGGUAGUGUUUCGAAAAAAGCAAUAGAUCCCUCUAAAACCGAUCGUGUGGUUAGUGCACCGAGCAAUAAACAAUUAAAAAAAGAAAUAAGAUUUUGUAAGUCCAAGAGCUACGAUCAAAUAUGUCAGCCUCCUCUAAGAACAUCUCUUGAAAAUAUCAGAAUUAACAAAGCAUCGGAUGUAUCUAAGAAAUCUGCGAACUCAGUCGUAAGAAAAUCAUCAGUGAUAAAACCAAAAGUGCAAUCCCGAUCAAUUUCCAAAACUAUAACGAAACCUAAUGCAUUUCUAAAACCAAAAAUAGAUUCCGCUAAAGCUGGAUCCACAUCUAAUUUACCAGCUGCGUGCAAAGGAUCUCAAUUGAAAUCGCCCGACAGUUACAGAAAAAAUUUGAUGGCUGCCGGAGAUUCGAAGCAGAUUACAAUGAAACGUGAUUGGGAGAUGUUAUGUCGCGAAGAGAGGCAUAAGAAUUCUCUUCUAAAGCAACAAUUGGAAGCCGAGGCGAAGCUGUACAAAAGUCAAAUCGAAGAGAUGCGUGUGUCCUUCGAGGGUGAACUGUUUGCCUUGAAGAAACAGAAUAUAAUUUUGAAAGCGAGAGUCGACGAACUUUCUCUAAACGAAAGGCUCCAGCCUGAAGUUCCAGCUAAGAACGAUACAAAGAUCGUUCUGCUAGAACAAGAAUUAGAAAAGCAGGAGAACCUAAUCCGCGCUUACGAGACCGAAAACAAGAAAUUGAUGCAAGACACGAAACGUAUGCAAGAGGAGUUGAAGAGUUUGCAGUCUAAGCAGAAGAUCACGGUAGCAGAGGCGAACGAUAUGCAACAGCUCACAGAUCGGGUGAAGGAUCUUCAGGAAGAGACAUUGAAGCUGAAUCUCGAGGUGUCUGAAUUGAGAGAGAAAAAUAGCGAUUGCCUGCUCAAAAAUGACGAUUUGAUUCAACAGAACAGUUUACUCGCGGACGAACUGGAGAUGUUCAAGGAGCAGCUGAGAGCUAAGAACAACUUUAUCACGGAUCGACUGCAAGUGAUGACCACCGCGGAGUUAGAACUGAAGAAACAAAUAGAAGAUAUGAGUAUCAAAUUGAGCUCAAAGUCGGAACAGCUGCGAGUGACGAAGCAGGAAUUGGAGAAGUUUCAGCGAGAUGUAUUGCCUUUGGAAAAGGAACUGUUAGAGCUCAGAGUUAAAGAGGGACAUUUGCAUGAAAAAUUGCAAAUAAGCAAGAGUCAUACCGAGCGCGAGAAGCAGCUGACCCAGAAGCUCAAAGAUCAAGUUAUUCUGGACAAUAAGAAAAUCAUAGAUCUGAAUAGGCAAGUGCGCGAGUUGGAGCGUAUACUUAAACGGAAGAAUCCCGAUUCGGUCUCGGCUCUCAUACUCACCGCCAAUUCGGAGCAGGAGAAGAUUGGUUCCGAGAAAGUAAAACUCCUCGAGGAAAGAAUAGUGAGUCUCGAGAACGAGAUUAAAGCCAAGGAGGAUAUCGCGCAACAAAAUUUAGUUGACCUGCAAAAGAAGUUCUCCGAUAUGAAGGAGAAGUACGCGGCUCAGAUAAUGGAAUUGGAGGGAAAACUAUUGGAAGCUACUACAAAGGAGCACAAAUUGUACAACGAUAUGUUUACCCAGACGAUCAGGCAUAUUGAGAGCAAGAAUAUGGAGACUAACAAGAGAGACGAUAAAGCUUCAGCGAUGGAAGAAAAGAAGGAUCAAAAAGCAAUGAAGGUUGGACCGAAGUCUCAAAAUCCGAAAGAGGACACGCAUCUUAUCGCUACUAUAAGAGGCUUGAAACUGGAAAUCACGAACAAAGAUAAAGCAAUCUCGAAGAUAACUAAGGAGUAUCAGGAAUUACAGAAGACAAACCGGAGAUUGCAGAAGGAACGGGAGAAAUUGUUGAAUGAUCGAAGGAGCUUUAGAAGUAUGGAUUUUGAGAGGGCGUUCCGAGGACUGAAGAACGGCGAAGGAAACGAUCAGAAUUCAAAUGUCUAUCAGAACGGACACGUUUCCGACUCGCAAAGACUGUCACAGUCGACACCAAAGUUAUAUGAUCCGAUGCAGUACACGGAGAACGGCAAAAAUGGAGUUAUCAAGAAAUUAACUAACGAAAACGACAUUUUGAAAGAAGAGCUGAGUAAAAUGAACAAGGACUUCAUGGCUUUAAAGAGCAAGAGGUUGCACGAUUUGAAUCUCUUGCAGGAGGAACACGAACGAGAAAUUGCUACUCUUGUGAAGGAGUACAGUGUCAAAUUCGGAGACUCUAAAGUGGUAAAGUUACAGGGUCAGAUUAAUACUCAGGGGGCGAUCAUAUCACACUUAAAAGAGCAGAUCGAAAAGUUUCAAGACUACAAGGAGCAGGUAGUCGUGCUGAAGGCCGAAAGAGAGCAUCUAGAGAAUAAAGUGAAAACACUGACCGAGAAAAUCAAGUACUUAUCAACGCCGGGAACGGAACAAUUGCAGUUGCUGCAGGAUAAGAUUACGAUUCUCCAGCAACGGCACGAGAGUAGAGAAAUGACCUUGCAAACGUUAAUUCGCGACUUAUUGAGGAACCGAACGCAUUGCAAGGAUUGUAAGAAUGAGAAGGGCAAGAAUCGUCAGCUUUGCUACUUUCGGCAGGAACUCGAUCAUAUUUUAGGGAUGCUACAAGAGAUCGCUAACGUCCAUUGAUAUCGCUGAAUCGAGAAAUUGUCUUUAUCAUCGUACAAUGUCUUUAUUAUCGUACAAAAUCGGACGGUUCUCGAUUCGUAAUCGAAUAUUGUGAUAAUUUUUACAGAAGUAAGACUUGCGAUGUAAUUUUAAAUAAUUCUCGAGAAAGGCAUUAGAUAUAUAGAUAUCAAUAUAGGUGCGUAAACGCGUUUAUCCGCGUUAUAUUUAGCCAAAAUAUUUAGUCGAUCCUUCCGUCGAUUCUUCCAGAAUUUUAAUGUGAGGAUUAUUAAUGUUAUUAAUGCGCAGUCUUCUUUCUCGCAUCCAUGAUACACCGUUCGUUCUGCGAAUUCGUGCCUAUCAGCGUGAGAUUCACGCGUUAUUCGAUAGGCUCGGAUCACUGCCAAAUAAAGGAACAUUAUUGUGAAGUAAUAGUCCAAUAGUCCAACGACGAACGAAUAUACUGUAUUACUUUUCAGAUUUCUAUAUUCGUCGAUUCUCUUGCUGCGCGUGUAAUAUCUUGAAAUAUUGUCUGCUUUAUUAGCAUAAUUAAUUUUUAUUGAAUUAAAAAUUAAUUUUUAGAAUAAUUUUUAGAAUAAUGUAAGAUAUAAGUCAUUGUAAGUCAUCACAUUCUUAAAGAAUUAAGUCAUAUUUUUUACUUAUUUAUUUAUUUAUUGAUUUUCGAAAAAAAUACACAGCUGUUUGUACAACAAUGUACAAUUGCUUCUAAUAACUUCUUUUUCCAUCGAUCUCGCUGUAGUUUAUUUCUUAUAACGAAUUAUAUGAUAUGAUAUAAUUCAAGAGAGAGAAGAGAAAAGAAAGUAAGCAAAAAAAUGAAGAACUUAUUACGUAUAUGACUUUCUAUUUUUGCGUAGAGUGUAUACUGUCUCCUUUUUCUUUUGUUUGUAUUUUCGUUCGAUUGAUCUGUAUCGAUGGUUUCGUUUCUAAUAUAAUAUCAUUUUCGCGUUUGAUUUCAGGUUCUCCGUCCUCUGUUUUUCAAUUGACUUUUUGAACACAUGAUCUUAAACUGUGCCCAUGUCGCUUCUUCAUCGAUGCUUUAAUAAGGCGUUCGUUGUAAUUUGGAUCAAUCGAACAAUUUAUCAUAAAUUUUGCAUUCGUGAUUUGCUAAUUAUCUUGCGGCAACUGCAGUAUCUACACACUUUUUCUCUCUGAUUUCAUAUGCGAAUUCUUUUUUUGUUCUUACGUCCUCGACAUUUUCUUUAGAUCAUAUAUUUUUUCGUCACAUGCUACGAUUUCUUAUUGUCGUUUUUAUAAAAAAUAAGUGGAAUUUGUCCAUUAUUUUAAUUACUUUCUGUUGUGAUUCUUUUGUUUUUUCCCUAUUCCGCGUAUUCUUUUCCAUCACUAUUUUCUGUUUUUUCUUGGAUUUCCCGGAGUUGCUUCGUUAAAAGUAAGUAUAUGUGCGAAGGCAUUCGAGGUCUUAAAAGGAACACUGCCUCGUUUAAGAAAUGUGAGCCUGAAACUCAAAUUAAAAGAUAGAAAGUUGGACAUAAACGUUACGACGACAAUUAUUUUGCACUUUUAGGAUAAAGAUCCUAAAUAUCUGUCCUUUUAGGGCACUUUUACGAUUAGGUUUUUGGUGUUUCAGGCAUGAUCUCGAAUUGUCCCUGUGUCUUCUUCAUUGGUUUGCUUUAUUGAAGUAUAACGAGAAUGAAUUAAAUAUAAAAUAAUUUAUAACUAGAGACCAUAACAGAAUAAUUAAUAAAAUAAUAAGGAAGGAAAGGGAAUUAAAAAAUGAGAGUAGUGAGUUUAACUACGCGACUCUAAUACUAUUUAUUUUCGGACAAAAUAUAUCUUCUUAAAGAUACAUAUAUGACAUUUUUGCGGAAUACAUACACACUGUACAUUAAUAUACAUUAAUAUCUUGAGUAAAUUUGGAAACAUCACAUUGCAAGAAAAGAUUUUCAUUAAUGCAAUAAUAAAAUCGACACACAGAAGCAGGUUCAGAGAGCGGUUAUUAGUGCCAUUUUGGGAAUCAACUAUUUUUUCCUUUUAUCCAACUAUAAAACGUUGCAUCUGCUGUACCAUGUUGUUGCUGAAAGAAUAAU